CGGACGCUGCCGGCCUAGCACUCCAACGGAGUUUCCAUGGAGACCGAGGCUGGGCCUGGGCGGCCUAGCGGCGUUGCCAUGGAGACAAGUCCCGGGCUGGGGCUCCGAAGCCCCGGCGCUCCGCUAGCUCAGAACCCCGCGGAGCCGCCGUGCGAGGCCGGAGCCGCAGUGGCGGCAGCACGCUGGGACCUGCGGAAACACUCUUUGCUCAUCGUGAUCGGCGAUAUUGGUACAGAGAGUCAGCUGAGGGCCGUGCGGGCCCACCUUGAACAAGGGAUUCUCUCCUGGAACAUUGACUUAUCAUCCUUCGACUUGAACCAACAAUUGAGACUCUUCAUUACCCGGCACCUAGCUCACUUCUCCUCAGAGGUCAAAGGUUAGGACUAGUGUCAUUUGUCUCAAGUUCUUGGGGUGAGGGCUGGUUACAGAAUGUCAGAGGUCCAGUCUCCCUGGCAGAGCUGGCUUUGUGGGAGGUUUGGGUCAGGCAGAAGGGAGGGACUACUGAGGGGAAAGUUGGAAAGCUAGGAGGCUAUCCUCCGCAUACCCAGGACUCUUUGCAUACACAUGGUAUGAUGGUGGAGGGAGCCUGGAGAACAGAAUUUCUACCUGACAAGAGGGUGGUUUAUGGACAGCUGUUGACAUGCACUAAGGGAAUGAGGUACUUCUCUUGAGUGAUUAAUCAUCUCCCAUGCAAAAAUCCGCUCUUUUUUGUGUGUGCGUUCCUCUUUCUGUAUAUCCUAGCCUCCUUGCUUCCCUUUAUAGAGACCUGUGAGUGCCCCAGUUACCUUCCCGGAUCUUUGCUUAGCACCUUUCCCUCAGUCUACACAGCCCCACCCUCCAGGUUUCAGGAUUCCUUGUUCCUCCUUUGGGUCAUCCAACAGCUCUUGAGAACAGAGCGGAAUCCUGGUCCUAAAAGCUGAUGAGCACCAUCAAAUCCAGGGUUGAAGCAGGGUCUCCUGGAUUGCCGCUACAAGAGAUAGUCACACUCUGAGGUUUGGCUCUG